UCAUUUACCACGCUGCCUCAGGUGUUUAAGCUCCUGGUUUGUCAUUGUUUAUUGCUGGUUCUUCCAUUACGCUGUCAGUUACAUAUGGCAUACUCACCAGCCCACUUUAGCCGGAUGUUCAAUCAUAAGGAAGGAAUUCUACAAAUUUGCUGACAGAACUGCCGACCCUGCAUCUGCUGCAAAGAGAACUUCUUACUCUCUCAGAUAUAAAUCUGGAACAACCUUUUGAAUUAUCUUUAUCUUCAGAAUAUAAGAGGACCCAUGUGGGUGGUAGAGAAGAUUCGCACGUCAGUAGAAAGAUCCAACCUGCCUAUCCCAUCAGCAGAGAUCAGCUUUAAAAUUAGUGACAUAAUGUUAGGAGAAAGGACUGACAAAUCCAAACGGAUUUCUCACUGUCCUAACAUCAUCACCCCUGACAAUAUCCCAGAGUUCUGCAUCCCACCAACAAUUUUAUCCCUGCAGGAGAUGAAGAACUCGGAGCAAAAGGGAACAGCUCACGCCAUCAAGGCUUCUCCCUGUGAGAGGGCUAAACCUGAGGCCGAAGUGAAAGUUUAUGAGGUGCCUCUAAAUCCUCACAUUAUACAGAUAGAAAGUGUGGAUGAGAGCCCCUGUGAUGGCUGCAGUGAUGAGGAGACCACUAAUGCAGAUCCCCAGAGCCAGGCCGCCUUGUCCCUUCCACACCUGGCCAAAGCUCAGACCAGCUACGGCUUUUGCACCUUAUUAGAGAGCCCUCACACCAGGAGAAAGGAGUCGAUUUUCCAUUCUGAUCCAGGCUCCUCUCCACUGCUGCUUCCCAGGAGUCGAUCUAGUACGUGCUCUAAAUUCUCCUACACCACUUCACCGUCCUCUUGCCCCUCUUCAUUGUGCCUCAACAGCCUGACCUCAAGGCUCUCCCCCAAGGGCUGCACCCUGAACUGGCAGGCCCCUCUGGACAGUGACACGACAUCUUCCACUGAAUCCUCACCUUUCAGCUCCCCGAUGCUGUCUAGGUGCCCUGCUAAGUCUUCCCUUUUCAAAGCAUUGAGCCAUGAACUGCUGCUUUCAAGGAACAUAAGAAAAGCAAUGGUGUCCAGAAACAAUUCACUGUCAACAGAUGAGGGUAGCUCCACAGACAACAGUCCAAAUAUCAUGAGGAGGUCUUCAGAAGGGUUAGCUGAAGAUCUGCCCAACAGCUACAGUCUGGCGCCACCCAACAUCUUCCCUAUGGACUUGACAUUGAACAGGGAGAGGGUAAUGAAGGAAAGAAUGGUGCCUGUAGGAAAAGAUGGCAGUCUCAGACUCUCAGCAGAGUACUGUCCCGAUAACCAAAGACUGCGUGUUCGGCUGAUCAGUGCUGAGGGUCUUUAUCCUCUUUCCAUAGACCCAAAGAUUAUCAACUGCAGCAUCAGCCUCUCGCUGGUCCCUGGCAAACUCCAGAAGCAGCGCAGCACGGUCAUCAGAAAGAGCCGUAAUCCAAUAUUCAAUGAAGAUUUCUUUUUUGAUGGUAUCUCAGAAGAAGACCUCAGCCAGAGAUCACUUCGCUUUAAAGUGGUAAACAAAAUGUGCACCCUGAAAAGAGACUAUCUCCUAGGUGACUGUGAUCUCCCUCUUUCAAGCAUCAUAACAAUGUAAAUUUCACUACUUGUUAAAGGGUUUACUUCUGUGUUGGAUCUAUUUAUUUUAAUUUUUGUAUUACACAAGUUAAGUAUUUAUUAAAUUAUAGAAGGCACCAUGGAUGUUUGUCUUGAAUCUGUUUCAGAGUAGAACAUAACACAAUUUCAUUAACAUAAAGUGGCUUUUUUAUCAUAAAACAUUCUAAAUAAUAAUAAGACAAUUAGAACAUUGAGAAAAUGUUUUCUCUCUGGGUUAGAGUUAAAUAUUUAGCAAAUAUUUAAUUGCUGGUUUGUUAAUGAACAUACACCAUCAGCUUGUUUAGUCAGACAGCAACCAUCUCAUAUUUCUGCUAAGCCUGUUGUUUGCUUCCUGACCUUUCCAAUGAUUAAAACAUGACAAGAAACCAGAAA